AUGUCAGAUUCCGGACGGUUAGAGCCGCAAAAUCCCGAUGUUAGCACAGAGAGCAGCUCGGAAUCGACGACGGUGAAUCCCGAAGAGGAGAAGCUGGUGAAUCUGGCCCACGCCGCGAAGAAAAAUCUUGAUGAAUACUACAAAAAGCAAAAUGAGAUACUGGAUCACUAUAAACACGACAGUGAACAAAUAGAAGCAGCUCGGCGGAAACGUCGUCAAAGUGCAAAAUCAUCUGAAUCUGAGUCUUCUGAUGGAAAUGCGCCUGAGUUGGAACGGAAAGCCUCGACGAUCUCCAUGAAAUCUGCGGACUCUCUAUUAAAAAGAGCAGAGCAUUCAGAAAUGAAGGAGAAAGAGUUGGCUAAAGCAGCCGCCAGAUUGGCCAAUGUCACAUUGCUUGUGAAUUUGUUGCUAAUGCUUGCAAAAAUGACAGCUUCAUAUCUAUCCGGAUCUAUGUCGAUCAUCUCCUCGAUGGUUGAUUCGAUUGUCGAUCUAACUUCCGGAGCAGUCUUAUCCAUUUCCUCCCGCAUGAUUCGCGUUCGUGACCCAUAUCAAUAUCCACGUGGACGUACUCGCGUUGAGCCACUUUCCUUAAUUCUCAUCAGUGUCAUCAUGGGAAUGGCCAGUGUCCAAUUGAUCAUCUCCUCGGUUACCAGGAUUCAUGCUGCUGCUGCUGAUGGUGAAAAGGAUGAGAUCAAUGUUAGCUGGCCGACUAUUGGAAUCAUGGGGUCCACCAUUAUCGUCAAGCUCACCCUCUAUCUAAUAUGUCAGAAAUACAAAUCCAACUCAUCAAUCAAAGUUCUAUCUCUGGAUCAUCGUAACGAUUGUAUCUCAAUCACAAUGGCUCUUGCAUGUGCCUGGUUAGCCUACUACUAUGGUAUUCGUACUGAUCAACCAACUUCUGGAGUGUCAUUUUUUGGAAUGUGCCCCAAAGAAGGAUGCGAUUUGUACUAUCUGGAUCCCAUUGGAGCAAUCAUCGUCUCAUUUUACAUUCUCUACACGUGGAUUCGUACGGGAUAUGCGCAUUUUGUGAUGCUUAGUGGAAAAUCAGCACAUCCGGAACUUAUCAAUCGAAUCAUUCAUCAGUGUAUUGAGCACGAUCCACGGAUUUCUCACAUUGACACCGUCUAUGUCUAUCACUACGGAACCAAGUUUCUUGUCGAGGUACACAUAGUCCUCGAUCAAAACAUGUCCCUCAAAGUGACUCAUGAUAUCGCGGAAUCACUUCAAACUGGAAUUGAAGCAAUGUCGGAAAUUGAAAGAGCAUUCGUUCAUUGUGAUUACGAGUUCGAGCAUCAUCCUCAUGACGAACACAAAGCUGUUUAG